AAAACCUGCUGAGAAAGAGGGAGUAGUAGCUUCUUCGCGUCUGCGUUACCUUCUUUCUUCUUCUUCUUUCUAUUCAAACCCUUUCUCUCUCUAAAAACCUUCACACACUUUCUCUCUCUAAAAACCUCUCUCUCUCAUUCUCUUACAUCACCAAUUUUGGAUCCAACAAUUUUCAAAAACUUUUUGAAUUUCAAAUUUCCAAAAAUUGAAAUUCUUUGUAAUUUCAAUCCACAGCUUCGAAAUUCGUCUUCGUUAACGAUUUUUUAUUUUUUGAUUUUUUAUUUUUGAUUUUUUGAGAAAUUUGAGGGAAGAAUCGUAAUCGGUGGUGGAAUUUGAACAAUUUGAAAUUGUGCGUUUUGGAUUGAAAAUUGUUGUGUUGUUUUAAUGGCGGAAGGUGAAGGAGGAGAUUGUCCUCCAAAGAAUGUUGUUCAUCCGGAAUUUGUUACGGUUACGGCUGCGGCUGCAACUGCGGCUGCGGCUGCCAAUGCGACUGCGACGGCGUGGUUGGAUGUACCGUCGAAGAAACUAGCGAGGCAGCUUGAUUUCAAUGCGAUGUUGAUGGAACAGUCGAAACCGCAGCAGCAGGUGGUGACACAGGGGAGUGUGAUGGUGCAGAAACCGGUUGGAGUGGGUGGUUUGCCGAUGCCGGUGCCGGCACAGGUGCAAACACUUCAACACUCUUCUGUGAGGGUUGGGAAACAAGAAUCUCCCAAACCAAGAUCAAGACCUAAUUUUGAAGUGAAAGAAGGUACUCCAAAGAAGCAAAGGCAGUGCAAUUGUAAACAUUCUAAAUGCUUAAAACUAUAUUGUGAAUGUUUUGCGUCAGGAAUAUAUUGUGAUGGUUGCAACUGUGUAAAUUGUUUCAACAAUGUUGACAAUGAAGCUGCUAGGCGAGAGGCUGUUGAAGCUACUUUAGAGCGUAAUCCAAAUGCAUUUAGGCCCAAAAUUGCGAGCAGCCCUCAGGGAGCACGCGAUAGCAGGGAGGAGGCUGGGGAAGGUUUAAUAUUAAUAAAGCAUCACAAGGGGUGCCAUUGUAAAAAAUCCGGCUGCCUUAAGAAGUACUGUGAAUGCUUCCAAGCCAAUGUUCUUUGUUCUGAGAAUUGUAGAUGCAUGGACUGCAAGAAUUUUGAGGGAAGUGAAGAGAGACAGGCUUUAUUUCGUGGAGAUCAAAAUAACAAUGUGUAUCUUCAGCAAGCGGCAAAUGCUGCCAUAACUGGAGCUAUUGGUUCCUACGGCUUUUCAUCACCUCCAGCAUCAAAGAAAAGAAAAGGUCAGGAACUCUUCUUAUGGCCUACAGCCAAGGAUCCAUCAAUUAGCAAGCCGGGACAACAGGUAAACCUUGUCAAAGGUCCAGCACCCUCCUCAUCAGCUUCACCUGUCUCAAGUGCUCGUGGUACAAAUCCAACAUUAGGUCAGAGUCCGUCAAAAUUAAAGUACAGGUCUCUUUUAUCAGACGUUGUACAACCACAUCACCUCAAGGAGCUUUGUUCAGUUCUGGUACUUGUAUCUGGCCAAGCUGCAAAGACGCUUGCAGACCAGAAAAAAACAGUGGAAAAGCGUACAGAAGAUCAGACAGAAACUUCCCUUGCUUCAUCAACUCAAGAGCAAUUACUGAGUCAAAAAGAAGUUGAUGUUGAGAAGGCUAUGGAUGAUGAUUGUUCAAGUGCAAAUCAAACAGAUAAAAUCAGCCCUGGUAAUUCAUGUUCAGAUGGCGCUGAUGUCCCAAAAAGACCGAUGUCUCCUGGGACUUUAGCCUUGAUGUGUGACGAGCAAGAUUCAAUGUUCAUGACAGCUGCCUCUCCCAUCGGACAAACGACCCAUGCCUGCAAUACAUCUUCGCAAUUUCCUGACGGACAAGGAGUGACAGAGGUUUAUGCUGAACAAGAAAGAAUAGUAUUAACGCAAUUUAGAGAUUUUCUCAAUAGAGUUAUUACUAUGGGCGAGAUAAAUGAGACAAAGUGUUCUUCAUUGGCUAGAAGUGAAUUAGAGAAUAAAAAGGAUCUAAUUAACAAUGAAACUGGAAAUGCCAGUACUGAGACAGUACAUCAGCAGGAAGCCACUAGCAAUGGUGAUGCCAAAGCUGCAAUUCCACCUAUGGCCGCAACUUCAACACCUGCAGUUCCACCUAUGGCCACAACUUCAACACCUGUGGUCCCUAGUGAUACUGUAGCUGAAAAUGGAGAAUCCAAGCUGAAGAUGGAAAAUUAGACAUGAAAGGAAUCUAACUUAGAAGAAUUUGCAGAGAUACCCCUGAUAGAACUUCUCUGUAAUGUAAUUAAGAAAACCAUUGCCAUUAGUCAUUUUAUUUAUGCAUUCCUCCUUUGUGAAGGUCUGUUAAGCAUACAGGCCCCACCAUUAGUACAUGGAGGAUCAAUUUUUUUUUUUCUUUCAUCAUUUUUUUUCCAUCAAUUUUCUUAUUCUACAUUGGUCAUUCAUACAUAUCUAAAUUAAAUUUUUAGCUUCGACAUUGUUUUAUAAAUUAACUUAGAUAUUGUGUUCAA